CAAUUGAAGUACGUAAGAGCCGUUGGUGAAUAUACUCAUCUUUAGUGCAUUGACGUAAAACAAUACGUACUUUUUUUUUUUUUUUUUGGUACCGAGCGGAGAGGAGAUGCACACGGCACUCGAGUGAGGGGACCAGAAGAGAGGGGACAAUGCGAGUCCACGUGCACACAAAGUUCUGCUUCCUGUGUGUGCUCACCUUCCUCUUCCAUCAGUGCAACCACUGCCGAGGAGAAGGACACGGCCAUCAGCACGGUGGACAUUCCCAUGGUGACCACAGCAGCGCCCACAGCGAUCUGCAGAUCUCUGAGGCUCCGUACACGAGAGCCGCCACUGUGUCCUCAGAGUCCAGGAGUCAUCAGAAGGAAGCACUGGAGGAAGAGCAGCAAUUCUACAUCCAGCAGCUGUUCAGCCGCUACGGUCAGAAGGACCGCUUAGAUUUCCAGGGAUUUCAGAACCUGCUGUUCAGCCUGGGUCUGGGAGAAGUGAAGGUGGUAGGUGUCGAACAUGACGAUCUGGGCCAUGACCAUGUAGCUCACCUCGACCUGCUGGAUGUGCAGGAGGGGCUACACUCGCAUUCGCCCUCAAAAGAAGGCCACCAUCACGGGCAUGAUCAUUCUCACCACACACCACGCUCCCACCGUCCACACACAGAACAACUUCCCACACAGUGCAGCCACACUACUGCUGCCAGUCCAGCUGCUGCUUCACCUGCUGAACACCACGAUCAUGGACAUGAUCAUGACCAAACUAAGGCAGAAGACAGGGACCAUAAACAUCCUCAUGGACAUGUACAGGACGCACACGGUCACACACAUGAUGACGGACACAGACAUGAGCAGGUUCAGGUGCCGGCUGAUCACAAGGAUCAUGACCACAAUGAUCACACCAGUGACCAUGAAGACCAUAAUGCUCAUCUAGUAAAUACAGGUACAUUCAUAACUCCCAACGACCAUGAACAGCUGCCUUCCGCCCAUUCAGAGCCGUCCCGGGCCCCUCAGUCCUCCCCUGCCCCAACAGUGAGUCGACCCAAGAGACCCAGAAAACCAAAAGCCAAAGGUCAACGAGGGUCGAACAGAACCCCUUCUGAUAAUCAUGAACAUGAGUACAGUCCCGAUCAUCAUGACAUACAUGGCCACCGUAGUCCUCAUAAAAACAAGAGGGAGGCUUUAGGGGGCUCUGUCACACCUGCUUUACCUGCUCUCCCCAUACAUCCAGGUGGACUGACACAUCAGCGUGAGGAGUGUUUAAACCUCACUCAGCUCCUCAACUACUACGGCUUGAACCCCAACGCGCUCAUCUCCCCCAGCCAGUUCACAUAUCUGUGUCCCGCCUUGCUCUACCAGAUAGACACUCGCGUCUGCAUCCGCCAUUACCAUCAGAUGGAGGUGGAGCAGGAAGCCCUGGAGCCUGUCAGUUCUGUGUGGGUCUGGCUCUGGGGCUUUGUGUCCAUCACUAUCAUCAGCCUGCUGUCUCUGCUUGGCGUCGUACUCGUGCCCAUUCUCAAACAAUCCUGCUUCAAGUUCCUGCUCACCUUCCUAGUGGCGCUGGCUGUGGGCACGCUCAGUGGUGACGCUCUCCUUCACCUACUGCCUCAUUCUCAAGGGCAGCAUGACCACAGCCAGCACAAGACCAGCCACGACACUGAUCUGGUAACAGCUUUUGAUGGUGUGUGGAAAGGGCUGACAGCACUGGCCGGCAUCUACCUCCUCUUCAUCAUCGAACACUGUAUUGGCAUGUUUAAGCACUACAAAGACCAGAAGGGUUUGAAGAAAAUGAGCAAAGAGGGAAAUAUUGGCAGGAAGUUGUCAGAUCACAAGUUAAACCGGCGCUCAGAUGCAGAGUGGCUGCACCUGAAGCCGCUCAGCGAAGACCCAGACAGCACAGCUGUCUGCUGCGAAAGUGGACACAACGACACCCAGCUCACAGAGCUCCAGACACCCGACUCCCCCACUAACAAGACGCCGCUGGCACCAGCAAACCCCCAGCAAGACCAGCAGUCGCCCACCAAGGAGAAUGGCCGUAAAGCCAAGCUUCACGGUCAUAGCCAUUCGCACGGACACGGUCACUCCCACGGAGGAAACUGCCACUCAGACCAGGAGAUGAAGGACGCCGGUAUAGCCAGCAUCGCCUGGAUGGUCAUCAUGGGAGACGGCAUGCACAACUUCAGUGACGGCCUCGCUAUUGGUGCAGCGUUCAGUGCGAACCUGACAGGUGGCAUCAGUACAUCAGUGGCUGUUUUCUGCCAUGAAUUACCUCAUGAACUUGGUGACUUUGCCGUGUUGCUAAAAGCCGGGAUGACAGUGAAACAGGCCAUUGUCUACAAUCUGCUGUCCGCCCUCAUGGCCUACGUCGGCAUGCUGAUUGGCACAGCUGUCGGCCAGUACACGCACAACGUUACCAACUGGAUCUUCGCCAUCACGGCCGGCAUGUUUCUUUAUGUGGCUCUGGUGGAUAUGCUGCCAGAGAUGCUUCAUGGGGACAGUGAAGAGCACAAGCGCUGCCACGUAGGACACUUUAUCCUGCAGAACCUGGGCAUGCUGACCGGGUUCAGUAUCAUGUUGCUAAUUGCCAUCUUUGAAGACCGCAUUGUUUUUGAUUUUGGCUUUUAACCAAGGAGAGAGGAGGUGAAGGGGAGAGCUGGAUGCAUCAGUAUUGUUCUUCUUGGCCUUAACAUGUUUUGUUUGCAAUGUAACGGCCCCGUCCUGCAUGCAACGUGAGUCUCUCUCAUGGCUUGUGCCCCCAUUCCAAACAUGCAGCGGUGACUUCUGCAUAUCUGUGACUCUGCUUAGUGAAGCUCCCCCACCACAAAUUCUCUGCUCCCGUGAAGCAUAAAAAAAAACGCAAACAGGAUUCACCCCCUGCUCCCAACCUGUAAACGAGCCACUCGAGCUGCAGACAGUAAGGAGGUACAGGGUGCAUGUUCCUGCAAAGAAGCAGCUGUCAUGGCCCAGCAGCUCACCGCCUAUCCAUCACCGCCUGUCGUUGGUGUGCUGUUGUCGUGUCGUCCCUCUUCUCUCUGUGCUGUGUCCUGUCAUCCAUGCCUCUCACAUCUGUUAUGUGUGUUCCACCUGCCAUCCAUCAUCACCUUUUGAUGUCAUCACGCUGCGUAUCAAACACCUCUGUGCCAAGGCCCGGCCACUGGAGCAGCUCCACAGCUGCACCGCAGACCCUCACGUUGUCCUCAAAGAGACGCACAGCUCAAUUUAGCUAGCAGCUAUUACCCAGAAGAAAACCUUUAGCUUGUGUUGCUUCACUUGCACAGAGACGACAGCUUCUGAGCUGCAGUCUCAAAGUAGAAAUGAGUUGCCCUAACCGUACCUGGGAGUUUCUUUUUGUUUGUUUUGUUGCCUAUUUCUAUAUGUCUUGGGAAAAAUUAGAUGCUAAGAGCUGAUGUUAACAUAGCUGCCAAAGCCUUUGUAAAUUCGUGUUUAGAUAUCAGUGUUUUUCAGUGUUUGUUUUUUUU